AUGCCACCAGCGGUGGGAACGUUGAUAGAAAGGUUUCGCGAGGCAAGGACGAAGGAGGCAGCCGCCGCUGAGGACAUAGUCGCACCGACCGUCGUCGCCAUGGCCCGCUCUCUGUGUUUGAUCGCUGUCCUGUUCGCCGUUGUGGUGGCCACCCUGGCCGCUCCCGGCGGUUUCGGAGGCGGAGGCUUCGGAGGCGGCGGUUACGGAGGCUACGGAGGCGGCAGCUAUGGCGGCUACCGAGGCGCCUAUGGCGGCGGCGGCUACGGCGGCUACGGCGGGGGCCACGGCGGCUACGGCAGGGGCUUCGGAGGCAUCGGCGGCGGAUACGGAGGCUUCGGAGGCGGCCACGGAGGGUUCGGAGGCGGCGGCUACCGCGGAGGCUAUCAUCACGGCUGAUUCCUCUCUUUGCGACCCCCUGGCGACGACUCGGCUGCGGCCAUUCUCAACCCUCUCACGAAAACACUUUCCAACGCGCGCUUUUUCACUGUAAAUAUCGACGCUGCGGCACGGCAAU